AUGACUGGAAGUGCCCAAGGCGACAGAGAAGCCGUGGCUGCCCCAUGCCCGGAGGUGCCCGCGGCCACGUCGGACGUGGCUGGGAGGCCGUCGUUCCCAUGGGAGCUGUCCCCGUCCCUAUCCCUGGGCGGAGCCGUCCCCAGCCACGGCCGAGGCCGCACCAGGACGCUCCCUCAGGCCCCUCCCAAGCCCCGCCCAGCGGCGGCCGCGCGGAGGGCACGGGACCCCGUGCGUCACGGGCUGCGCGCGCGGCCAUUGGCCGUGGCGGCCGCUGCCCCGCCCCCCGCGCCCGGCCGCGGAUGUCGCAGCCGCUUUGCGCCCUUGUCGUUCGAAAGUCGGCCCAAGAUGGCGGCGGCGGCGGCCGGGAGCGGGGCCGAGGCGGCGGCGGCGGCCAGGCUGGAGGGGGCGGAGGGAGAGGAGGAGACGGCGGCGGCCGCGGCGGCGGAGGAUGGGGAGGGCGAGGAGGAAGACGGCGGCAGGACGGGCAAAGCGGGCAAAGCGACGGGCUCUGCGGCAGCCGGCGGCGGGGAGGCUGGCGGCGGCGAGAGCGAGGAGGACGAGGAGGAGGAUGGGGAGGACGUGUUCGAGGUGGAGAAGAUCCUGGACGUGAAGAACGAGGGGGGGAAAACUCUCUAUAAAGUCCGGUGGAAAGGAUACACCUCUGAUGAUGAUACCUGGGAACCAGAGGCUCACUUGGAAGACUGCAAAGAAGUGCUUCUUGAAUUCAGAAAAAAGAUUGUGGAUAACAAGCCUAAAUCUGUUAAAAAAGAAACACAGAAACCACUUCUAAAUGAUGAUAUAUUUGAAGCAGAGUCUGACAGCGACUUGCAGAGUGAAACAAAAGAUGAUGUUUCACCAAAGAAGAAAAAGAAGAAGUCAAAAGAGGAAGAGGAUAAAAGUUUAGAUGACCUGAAGAAGAAAAAAUCUAAGUCUCCAAAAGCCAAGGAAAAACCCAGAACAGAAUGUGAAGAUACUUUGGUUUUAGAUUCAAAGCCAAAAAAAAGGACUUUAGAAACUAAGGAGGAUUCAAAGGACCCAAAGAAGCAAAGGAAAGAAGAUACUAAAGAAAUCAAGAAAAAGAAGGGAGAAGAUUUAAAAAUAAAAUCUAAAGAAGAUUCUAAAGAAAAUAAAAAAUCACAGAAGUAUGGAGAUGUUCAGUUGGACUCAGAAUCAAGUCCUGUGGGUGAUUCAAUUUCUCAUGUGACUUAUAAUGAAAAUUCAAACAUAAAUUCUGAAAAUAAAGACGAGAAACAAAAGGUAAUAAGCGGAGAAGAGAGAUUGGAACAAGAAAUUGAUGAAAAAGAUGGCAUUCCUGAUAAAUAUCUUGAUGGAUCAGCAAGUAAUGAAGAUGAUGGUAUUGAUACUAGGGCUAAAAGAAGGAAGAAGAAAAUUCAGAAAGCAGAAGACUGUAGAGAAGAAGAUGGAAAAGUAGAAAUUCAGGAUAGUCAUUUAGAGAAGAAGAGCAUGCACAAAAAGCAAACAGGUCAAGAAAAAGUUCCAGGAGAGUUGGAGAUAGUGUCACCUGCUCCUUCACCAGUGCAGAAGGGUGUGAAAUUGAGCGCUGAUGAAAGGGUGUGCAGGCCCAUGGAUUCCCCUGGGGAGGAAAAAGAAGUAAAGAAAACUGAAAUUAAAGAAAAAUCUCAAAAAAAGGAGCCUGAAAAAGAAGAAAAAACCAGAAAAGAACAGAAGGUCCUAAAAAAUGGCAAGCAGCAAGUCCUGAGUUUGGGUAUGGACAUGCAGUUAGAGUGGCUGACACUAGAAGAAUUCCAGAAGCAUCUGGAUGGAGAAGAUGAGAAUCAUGUAUCAACAGAACCAAUAUCAAGUGCUCUCCUCAGGGAUGCUGUUAAAAGUGGAGACUACAUGACGGUGAAAAUGGCGCUUUCUUCAAAUGAGGAAUAUAAUUUGGAUCAAGAGGACCCAAGUGGAAUGACCCUGGUAAUGCUUGCUGCUGCGGGAGGGCAUGACGACCUUCUGCGGGUGCUGAUCAGGAAAGGAGCUAAAGUUAAUGGUAGACAGAAAAAUGGAACAACUGCAUUGAUACAUGCAGCUGAAAAGAAUUUUCUGACAACGGUAGCUAUUCUUCUGGAAGCUGGGGCAUAUGUGAACAUGCAGCAGAGCAGUGGUGAGACUGCCUUAAUGAAGGCUUGUAAAAGAGGGAAUUCUGACAUAGUGCGGCUCAUGAUUGAAAGCGGAGCCGACUGCAACAUUUUGUCCAAGCACCAGAACAGCGCCAUGCAUUUUGCUAAACAGUGCAACAACGUACUGGUGUAUGAGCAGCUCAAGAGCCACUUGGAAACGCUCUCAAAAGUAGCAGAAGAUACCAUCAGGAAUUAUUUUGAAACUCGCCUUGCUUUGCUGGAGCCAGUGUUCCCAAUUGCAUGUCAUCGUCUCUGCGAAGGGCCAGACUUUUCUUUGGAUUUUAACUAUAAACCUCCACAGAAUGUGCCAGAAGGAUCUGGAAUUCUUCUCUUUGUUUUCCAUGCAAAUUUCUUCGGUAAAGACAUUGUUGCUCGGCUCUGUGGACCAUGCAGUGUACAAGCUGUGGUUUUAAACGACAAAUUCCAGCUCCCUGUAUUUUUGGAUAGUCACUUUAUUUAUUCCUUCAGCCCUACUGCAGGCCUUAACAAGCUUUUCAUACGGUUGGCAGAAGCUCCUACUGCCAAGGUGAAGCUGCUCAUAGGAGCUUACAGAGUGCAGCUGCAGUGACCUCUGAGCAUGCCGUGAGUGGACUGACACUUUUUUGGAUAUACUUCUGAUUCCUCUGUUCAGAGACUGACAAAGCAGUUUGGAACUUUUUGGCACCACACUGAAGACUCAGUUCCCAGCUCGCCGCUCGUUGGCAGUCGCAGGAAGUGUGUGUUGGAGAGCAGUUGAAUACACUGCACUGGUGGGACAGGGUUGUCAGCUUUUUUUACUUUGUACAGAUGUAGAUGUAAGUAUUUGUGCCAAUACAUAUAACUCUGUUUUUCUUUAACUUGUGGAGUCCAGACUGCAUAUUUCAGCUUUUCCACAAUGUGGAAUGGUGCAUAUAAGAACUAUUUAAGGUAAUUACAUGAAAUGUCUUUUUUAAAGAUCUUCAUUUGUAAACUAAAAUUUUCUACUUACUCUAACAUUUCUAUGUGAAAUGCAGAACUGUCAUAUUAUUGGAGCCAUGGCAAGAAAUUACACUUUAAAAUGACUGCAUAAGGUUUAACUUUUAAGUUACUGAGGGCUGUGUUCUGUUUUAAAACUGCUUUCUGUUCCUGUCUCUCAAUGAGACCCCAGUUAUGCUUAGAGUGAUUCUCUUUGAACUAACAGAGUUCAUUCAGUCUGCAGGUGUGAACAAAGACAUCUGAACAGGCUCCGUUCGCAGAAGGGUCUCAGUCAGGUUCCCAGUUAAAUCUCUGCUUUAACCUGCUUUGGUAUUAGAGAAGCAUCUGGUAGUUUUACAGACAUCUUAACUUUUGAGGUCUUACGUGACAUCUAAGAACAAAUACAAGCUGAAAAUAGCAAACCAGAAAACUUGUAGCUACCUUCAGUGUCCAGGAAGUGCUUUUUGUAGACGAGAAGAUAUAUAGAGAAUUUCAGGUGUCCUCAGCCUGACAGAUGACAGAACGUGUGUUGUCCUUUACUUCAGAAAUUCAGUUCCUCAGUGCGAAAAGCUGCUAUCUUUUUAUCUUAUUAUUAUAUUAUUAUUUUAUUUAAAUGACCCGUUUUAUCAGAUGACAGCAGUUUUGUAAUGAUCCUGUGCUGUAAAAUAUAAAUGUAAUACUUCUGCAUGGAGUAUAGAAUAUCUUUCUUUGUAAAUUAACCAACUUCUUGAAAGGUAGGAAAAAGCAAACCAGAUCGUGCCUUUGCUGUUCUAGUUGUCGUGUGUAGUUUACAUGCCACUGUGUGCCUAUAUUAUUAGCAAGACUUGUGCAUAAAUUCUUGAUAAUUUUGACUGCUCACCAUCCAAAUGGUGCAGCUGUAUGAAGUAUCAUUUUAAGAACUGUGAUUUUUUAAUAUAAAUUUCAGUUAACCAGUUUUUAAUUUUUGGUUCUUAAAGUUUUACAUCUUUCAUACUUAAGAGAUGCCAAACGAGUAACAAAGGACACAAUUUUUGUGGAAUGUCACAUUAAGCUAUAUAAAACUAGAACAGCAGCAUGACAUAGAAAUACUCGUUUCUGUUUUGAUUUAGAAUAGUUGCUUAUGUUUUUGCACAGUAUUGAUAAAAUCUUAACAAAUUUGGGUUUUGAACAGACUUUAUACCUCCACCUCUCUGAAAUAUGUUAGAUACCUCACUUUGCUAAGUGUGAACACCUGAGAUGCAUGAAAAGCACUGGCUGAGAAUCAGGUAUGUCACUGCCAACACUUGGGACUUUGUGUAGCUGAAAUUGUAGUCCCUGUGCAUAAGCCUGGAUGAUGCAUAAGGAAAGGGGACACUUGUGUUUCCUUAUGCUGGAGUGCCAGGUUUCAUCUGCACGGCUGCCCCUCGCAGUCACUCCUGCAGGACAUGUGGCAGCACAGUGUGUGUGGCACAAGCUCUGUACAGUACCUGCCAGUGGGAAAUGCUGGAGCUGCUCCAGGCGGGGAUAAAAGGUGUUUUGAUCAAAUGUCCAAAUGAUAGAGAUGCUAUUUAGAAACUGUUGUACAGUCUAACCUAAAAAUGUCUAGUAAUGCUCCAAGAGUUGAUAGAGCAAGUAGUUUGUCAGAGGCUGUUGAUUUGGGGAGUUGUUUUGUUUUUUAUCUUGAGGCACUUGGGAGAGAGGGAGGAGUUCUACAGAACAUGGGAAUAAAAUCUGGGUUUCAUGAUGCUUUUAUUAGGGAUGAAUAUUUUGCAGCCAUCUUUCUCUUUUAGUUGGCAGUAUAAAUUCAGAAUCCCUAUUGAAGAUGCAUAAGAAGUGUAUGAAAAGCUGUUUGAAGCUGGGUUUUGUCGGUUUUUAUUGUAUGGGUUUUGCCUGAUUGCUGAAAAAGGUUUUGGUGGACAAAGGAUGAAGAGAAAGUAGCUACAAUAAAAAACAAUUAUUUAGG